AUGAAAAUCCCCAAUGAGUUCCAGUGGCUGUUAAUGCUCUUAAGACAAGCGUAUGAGUCAUCUUUACCUUCAAUUCCAGUGUGCAUGGAAGAUAGUAUUCCAAAUUUGAAUCCGGACCCUUUGCCUGUGACUUGUAUGAUUUGGAAUGUACAAGGAGCGGGAAGCAAGAAUUUUAUCAGUACUUUGAGAGAGUUAAUCAAAGUGAAUAAAUCGGAUGUUUUAGCUUUGGUGGAAACUCACAUGGGUGGAGAUCAAGCAGUAAAGAUAGCUUCGAUAAUUGGCUAUGAUGGUCACGUUAGGGUGGAUGCGGUUGGAUUUAGUGGAGGGAUAUGGGUUUAUUGGAAACAAGCUCUGGUUACAGUCAACCCGAUCUCUCAGCAUCAACAACACAUAACUAUGGAAAUCACUCGUGUAGGUGAAAUCCCUUGGUACUUCUCAGCUAUAUAUGCAAGCCCGGAUCCUUCAAAGAGACAGGAGUUGUGGAAAGAGCUUAGAGACUUUGCAGCUAGCCGUAAUAAACCAUGGUUAAUGGCAGGGGAUUUCAAUGAUACAAGAUACCCUUCCGAAAGGAAUAAAUCUUGUAGUGAAACAAAUAGGAGAUCAAGAAUGUUUAAUGAUUGGGUGGAAGAGAUGGAUUUGUUGGAAGUAGAAUUUGUGGGUGCGGCUCAUACUUGGGCAAGAGGAAAAAGCAUGGAAACCAGGCAAAGUGCGAGACUUGACCGAGCAUUAUGUAAUGGAGACUGGGCAAUGAGAUUUGAUAAAGCAUCUAUGAGACAUCUUUCGGCAGUACACUCAGAUCAUUGUCCGUUGUUUAUUUCGCCUAAUGGGUUUGUACCCAUGCAAUCUCUUCAUAGACCUUUUCGAUUCCAAGCAACUUGGCUGACCCAUGAGAAUUUUAAAGACUUUGUAGCGGAGAAAUGGGAUAAACAUGGUAAUUUAAUCAACUCUCUAGCCAAACUAUCAACUGAUUUGCAGCAUUGGAACAGGGAUGUUUUUGGAAAUAUCUUUAAACAGAAGAGACACUUGCUUGCUCGCAUAGCAGGUGUGCAAAAAAAGAUGGCUGUGCAAGUUGAUAGAGGGCUUAUUAAAUUGGAAGCGAAACUGAGACGUGAUCUGGAUGAAAUCUUAGAAAGAGAGGAAGUGCUUUGGUAUCAAAAGGCACGGAUUGAGUGGUUGAAAAACGGAGACCGUAACACAACUUUUUUCCAGCUGAGUACGGUGGUGAAGAGAUGGAAAAAUAAAACCGUGUCUCUGAAAAGGGAAGAUGGUGUGUGGUUACAUGAUAAAAAUGAAAUUAAAGAUCAUAUUGUGAAUUAUUACUCCAAACUCUUUACAGAGGAAGGAGAACCUUCACAUUAUGACCUUCCGCAAGACAUUUCCUGGAACUUUCCAAUGAAGACUGGAGAUCUUUAA